UUCGCUCACUGAAGUCCAUAGCUACCAACGGAAAUGCCAACGGCUGAUCGAGACGUGCCCGUGAUUCAAAUGCUUUCAUGAGGCUAGUUGCGUCAAAUCCCAACUGCGAGGGAACACACUCCCUCAUUCCUCUCCAACCAACGCUGAUUCACAUACCAUACCAAGAAGCACCCGCCCCGGAGGCUGCUGGGAAUCCAAUCGUCCCUCGUCUCACAAACUCUCCAUUCCUCCUUCAAUUUCACUCGCAUUGGCUCAUACCCAUGGAUGACCAAGCUCAGAAAAUGGUGGCCUUGAAGAAGGCCUACGCGAACAUUAUCCUGAACACGGCAAAAGAGGCGGCGGCCAGGAUAAUGGCGUCAGAACGAAGAGCUGUUCAGUUUCAACGGGAACUUACUUCGACAAAAGACGAGGCCCUUCGGAUGCUAGUCCGCUUGAAACAGAUGAUCGACGCCAAGACAGCAGAAGCAGAGAUGACAUCCUUGAAUAACCAAAGAAAAAUAGAAGAGCUUGAAGCACAACUCAAUGAGGCGGAGGAUGUUAUAACAGAUCUUAGGGCAGAGUUGAAACAGGUUUGGCUUGAGUUAGAGAAAACAAAGAAUACUCAGAAUCAGUUAUUGGAAGAACAAAUUGAAAAGCAAGUGGCAUCUGUUGAGUUAGAGAAAACAAUGAAUACUCAGAAUCAGUUAUUGGAAGAACAAAUUCAAAAGCAAGCGGCAUCUGUUGAGGAGAGUGCUAAACAAGACUUGACAUUACCCAUUCCCAUCCUAGAAUGUGAAUUUGUAACGCCUUGUGAUGUGAAGAAUGUGCCCUUGAAUCAGAAUGUUCUAGAUGAUGAGUACUGUAAUGCAAUGAAACAGACUGAGCCUUGCUGCAUCUCUAAUUUGGAGGACUAUUGUGCUUAUAAUUCUAACCUUGCUUCCCUCAUUAUGAGAGGCAAGGAACCUGAGCUGUACAAAAAUGGAUGUACUCAGAGAAUUCGUGCAUUGGAAGGAAAAUUGCUGAAUGAUAAGCUGCUCACUCAAGAUGAACAAAAUGGACAUUUUGGUGUGAAUGGUGGGUUUGUCAUCAAAGACAGUGACAAGGAAGUUGCAAAAUUUAGUACACUGUCUUCCAGUACCAAGAAAAUGAAAAUAAAGAAGCAUGUUGAGCGGCAUGGAAUACAAAAGGGAAAGACUUUUUCCUAUCUCAGGUCGUGCUUUACCCCUUGCUGUAAAAGACACAUCGAUGAAGACUACAAAUCUGAUAAAGUUGCUUGCUCUCUACCUUCUAUCAAGUCUUGUACCGUUAACAAGUCAAGAAGAACAAAAAGAAGUAGGCCUGUAAGAAUGAAAUCUCCUGUUCAUGAGUGUUGUAAACCAUCAUUUACUCUUAUGCACUGCUCAUCUGUCUUGAAUAAUGACAAAUGUUGUGAAGAUGAAGAUGAGAAGAAGCCAGUGCCCCAUUUGACUGACAUGGAACCUGUGCAUGGGUCCAGCAGUGAUAAACUGAAUAUCAGGGUAAGUAGUAAGUUUGGAUUCAUGCAGGAGACUGCAGAGAUGGAUAAAGAGUCAUUAGAUGCAUGCAUUUUGGAGACUUUGGCUGGGGGCGAUGAAAUGAAAUUAGCUAAUCAAAUUGGUAACAUGGAAGCUGAGGUUAUUGAUGUUUCAUGUGCAAGUACUGAUUUGGAAGAUACAAAAGCAUGUGAAGAAAAUAAUGAAUCUUCUGGUCAAGCAGAUGACAAAAAGCUUCUCAAGUACACCUUCUGUAGGAAAAGAAAAAAGGAAUCCUUGGACAACCCUGAAGAAAAAACAAAUUCUGAGAAGAGCACGGUGAAGAGGAGGGUGGACAAGAAACAAAAUGGUGCUUGUGAACCACAGAAAUCUAGCUUGAUGGAUGAAUCUGCAAGAGAUAGUCGGCGCCUUGCUCAGGUUGCUCGCCAGCUUAUAUCUUUGUCUGCAAAACGGUGGUGAUUUAAAUGAGGAUGCUUGAGAUUGUAAGAGUCAAUUACAAGUUUACAACGGACCUUUGAAGCAACCUCUACUUGAAGUUGCCUCUUAUUCUUGCAGGACAUCAAGUACAUGCGCCUGGUGGGAUCAGUGGGACACACAAUAGAAUCACACAGAUACCUCACAGGUUUACUGUCGUUUAGACAGCUAAACACUUUGGUCAUCACAAUUCUUUUCCUAUAAGUAUUGCUGUACUUACCCUAUAUGCUAUGAUACACCAUUUCACCUUGGGAAGGAACGUUUUCCUUUUCUCAAGUGUCUGCAUUAUGAUGUAUAGUGUAUAUGAAGAAAAGGCUUAUUGCCAGUGUAUUGAAACUUUACUCUCUCUUCA